AUGGUCCUGCAUCCAUCUCAUCCCCAUCCCUUUGUUUUCCAGAAAUCAUUCAUUCAAAGUCCCACCAAACGUCACCCCAAAUCCAUUACUCAGGUGCCGUCAGAAAAGAUCUUGCGGGCAGGUAAAGUGUUACGAAACACCAUCCUGUCCCGAGCACCUCACAUUAUCAGAGACAGGAAGUACCACCUUAAAACAUACAGGCAGUGCUGUAUGGGCACGGAGCUCGUUGAUUGGCUGAUGCAGCACACAUCCUGUGUUCACGCUCGUGUUCAGGCUGUAGGGAUGUGGCAGGUGCUGCUGGAGGAGGGCAUCCUAAACCACGUGGACCAGGAGCUGAGUUUCCAAGAUAAGUAUCUGUUUUAUCGCUUCCUGGAGGAUGAGACCGAGGACGCACCCCUCCCCACUGAGGAAGAGAAGAAAGAGAGCGAUGAAGAACUACAGGACACCCUCCUGCUCCUCUCUCAGAUCGGACCUGACGCCCAUCUGCGAAUGAUCCUGAGUAAACAGCCUGGCCAGAGGACAGCAGAUGACCUGGAGAUCAUUUAUGAGGAGCUGCUGCAUAUUAAAGCCUUAUCACUUCUCUCCACCACUGAUGUGGAAGCAAACACGGUCCGUCUGAAGGAACAUGAGGAGGAUGUGUUAGUUUUGGAGAAAACUAACAACAGGGGCUCCAGUUCCUCUCCUCUCAAGUACACGGUGAUGUCCGGAACUCCGGAGAAGAUUCUGGAGCAUCUUCUGGAGACAAUGAAGCUCGACUCCCAGUUCACAGACUGUGAUGAUGGCCGGCCCUCUCAGAAAAAGCACAAAGUCCUGCUGCGUCAGUUCAGCACAGGGAACGACAGACUGCAGAAGAAACAGCCGAUCAAAAGCACAGACGAGAUCCUCUUUAAGGUGUACUGCAGUGAUCAUACGUACUCUACUAUCCGAGUGCCUGUCGCUGCGUCUGUCAGAGAGGUCAUCUGCGCCGUUACCGAUAAGCUGGGGUCAGGAGAUGUUCUUCUGCUCAUCCACCUCAACUCAGCCGGAGAUAAAGAGCUUCUAAAGCCAGCUGAUGUGUCCAUCUUCUCAUCACUGAGCAUUAAUGGUCGUCUGUUUGUCUGCCCGAGGGACCAGAUCGACUCUUUGACUCCGCUGCCGGAGCAGGAAGGGCCGUCUGCAGGCUCCAUGUCCACGUUUGAGCUCAUGAGCUCGAAAGAUCUGGCUCAUCAGAUGACUCUCUACGACUGGGAGCUCUUCGACUGUGUACACGAGCAUGAGCUGAUCUACCACACGUUUGGCCGUCAGCACUUCAAGAAGACCACGGCUAAUCUGGAUCUGUUCCUGCGGCGCUUUAAUGAGGUUCAGCUGUGGGUGGUCACAGAGGUUUGUUUGUGUCCCACGCUCAGCAAGCGCGUCCAACUGCUCAAGAAGUUCAUCAAGAUCGCCGCGCACUGUAAAGAGUUUAAGAAUUUGAACUCAUUCUUUGCCAUUAUCAUGGGCCUGGGAAACCCUGCGGUCUGUCGACUCAGUCACACAUGGGAGAAACUGCCCAGCAAGUUCAAGAAGUUUUAUGUAGAGUUUGAAAACCUGAUGGAUCCCUCUAGAAAUCACCGAGCGUAUCGACUUACAGUGGCCAAGCUAGAGCCACCUAUCAUUCCCUUCAUGCCUUUGUUAAUUAAAGACAUGACGUUCACACACGAGGGUAACAAGACGUUUACUGACAGAUUGGUGAACUUUGAGAAGAUGAGAAUGAUCGCAAACACAGUCAGAAUCAUGAGAUACUGCCGGAGUCAGCCGUUCAAUCAAGAAGCACCGCAGGCGACUGGUAAAAGCCAUCAGGAUGUGCGGAGCUACAUGCGUCACAUUAGCGUGAUUGACAACCAGCGUACCCUGUCCCAGCUGUCCCACAGACUGGAGCCGCGCCGGACCUGAUCCGCUCCCGUCAGUGCUGCUUCACCUCUGCCAGUCAAUAAGCUAGAGCUAUACAUGAGCAGAAGCCUUCCUCCGCUGCAGCGUAUGCACACACAAGGGCUUUCCCUCCCUUUGGCUGCUUGUGCGAAAGCGUGGCUUCAUUUCAGUGUACGGCUGUGGACGUUCAGAGCUCUGUUUGUGACCUUUCUUAUAUUCUCCCACGGAUCAGAUGUUGCCCUUGCUUUCAGAUUGUGUUUGGAACAGUUGGACACUUUAAAUGGUGUUUUGGCGUUUCAAAGAGUUUGUCCUGUGGGAGCUUUUUUCAUCACUUAAAGGAUAUUCUGAGUUUGCUGAUCUUAAAAAUACAGU